AUGGCUCUUUGCACCCUGGGACAUGUCUCUGGACAUCACCCUUCCCUGCGCUGCCCCAUGCCAGCAUCCUGCGGGUGCUGCCCUGCCCAGAUCAUGCCCCCGUGUGCCCAGCGCAGAGCUGCCCAGCCGCAGCACUACGCCAGCCGCAAUGGGCACGGCGCCAUCUGCCAGUUCCUGCUGCAGAGUGGGGCCCGGUGCAACGCCCAGACCCACGGCGGGGCCACUGCCCUGCACCGAGCCAGCUACUGCGGCCACGUGGACGUGGCCAGGCUGCUGCUGGCCCAUGGAGCCGACCCCGGCAUCGCGGAUGACGACGGCAUGACAAGUUUGCAUAAGGCUGCCGAGGGAGGCCACCGUGAGCUCUGUGAGCUCUUGCUGCAGCACAGCCCGGGACUGAAGGGCGUCCAGGACAGAAGGGCUAGGAGAGCAUGUGACCUGGUCCCCAGCAGCGGUGCCUUGCGGGACCUCCUGGAGACCUGAGAGCAGCGGGUGGGGGGUGGCCCUGUGCCAGGAUGCGCUGGGCUUUGUCUCCCCCUCUUGGUCUGCAGUGGGAUUGCAGCACCCUGGGCUCUGAGCUUGCAGCCCUGGGGUGAUCUGGGCGCACGCCCCACUGGGUGGCUGCUCUGGGGAGCCUGCUGCAGCGGCGGGAGAGGGAAACGGGCAGAGUUGGGCAGGGAAAAGGAAGGAGUCGCUAUAAACCCUGUGCCGGUGUCACUGACAGGCAGGAGCCCACCCAGGGGCUGAGAUCAAGGGGACUCCAGCGACACUGCAGGACACCAGGGUUCCUGGGCUCCCAGCCUGCAUUGCUGGGGUCCCCAUUCGGGGCUCCCAACGUGCUGACCUGGCCUCCACAGGCAGGGAAGAGGCUGCUGGCUCCAUGCUCAGGCAGCUGCAGUGGCUGGUGGCGGGGUGGCACUCUGGGGGGCAGGGGUCUGUGCCCAGCCCUCUGCAUGGGCCAGGCACCACUGCCCAGGGCCACACGUCUGGCAGGAAACUGAGGCAGCCAUGUUGGUUGUGGGCAUUGCCCAGAGCUAUUGGUCUCCGCUGGGAAGGCAGAGGCACUAGCUACGCACGACCGGUGUGUCCUGGUCCGGUUUGCUCGCCACCACAGACCCCACCCAGCAGAGCUGCAGGCUCCCAAUCCCUGGGAGGAGGAGUCUGGCUGGGGUGAAGGCCAGUGGCCUGCUCUGUGCCCAGAGCAGAGGGCAGCGUGGUGUCCUCUGCUGGGAUUUCUGGCCUGGUGAAGGCUGCCGGGGGCUCCUCUCUGUAACCCUGAGCUGGAGGGAGAAGCAGGGGGGUGGGAUAGGAUGUCACCUCUUGCAGGGCUAUUUCAGUCCUUGGCACUGAGCUGGGGAACUGGAGCCCCCAAGGAUCUGGUGACAGGAUGUCGGGCAUCAGCACCAUUAACUCUUCCCUGCCUAGUCCCCUGCCCUGUCUGUGGGCUGGUGGCCCUGGCUGCUAGGGGCUGGUCUCUGGGGUCUGGCAGGGCGUGUCUGCCCUCUGCUGGGGAAGAGAGGUUAGUGCCCACCCAGCCCUGUGUUGCCCCCUCCACUAUCCACUUGCUGUUCUGCCCAGCCCUCGCCACAAGCCCUGUGAGCCUGUUUCUGGCAGGAAGCAGGGUGGGGGUGGGAUCCUACCAUCCCCACUUGCCCGCAGCUGGAUUGGAGGGGAGUCCAGACCCCUCCCCAUCUAUUGCACAGUGAUCUGGCUGGGGACGGGGUGGCUUCUUCUAUGCCUCCCUUACAUGCUAAAGGGACCCCCCACCAACAUAGGCCCAUAGAAAGCCACCCCUCCCACCCAUCCCCAGUGCUAAGCAGAGGUUUGGGGGGGGGGGCUGCCCCACCCUGUCUCCCAGGAAGGGUCCAGCAGAGUCCCCCCAAGCUGGGAUUAGUGGACACUGCAUGAGGAGGCGCAGGGGCUAGAACAUGGAUGCUGGGCCUCAGUGAUGGGCAGCAGCAUCACAGGCAGCGGGCCCAGUACUGCUCUAUGGGGGAGAGUGCCCCCUGCUGCACGCCUGCCCUGCUCCCCCAGCAUAGCGCCUCCUAGUGCCAGCACUGACCUACAGGGGAAAGUGCCCCUUGCUGCAUGCCUGCCCUGCUCCCCACAGCACAGCGCCCCCUAGGGACACACUAGGGCCAGCACUGACUGGCCAGACCCCUGCUGAGCCCCCCCACUCCCUGCAGUGUAUAGUGUCCUUGGGAGGUGCCCUGUUUCUGGGGGGGUGGGGGACAUGCUCGCAGAGCAUAAAUUCAUAAUAAAUCCCUCACAAACUG